AUGGCGAACAAGUUUAGGUAUGUGAUAGCUUGCUUUGAUGUUAGGUCUGAGAAGUUCAGCUUUCUUUAUCCGGAGAGCUUGUGCGAAUUGAUUAACUAUAACGGUAAGUUGGGUGUGGUUUACUAUGAUGAUCUGAGCGAUGAUGCUAUUGAGUUACGGGUAUGGGUUCUUGAGGAUGUGGAGAAACAGGAGUGGUCCAAGUACGCCUACGCUUUGAAGGUCGAUAAGCUCUUCCCGAGUUACGUUUCGGCCGUUGGAGUGAUUUCUACGGGCGAAAUUGUUUUGUCGAUGGCGGAUUAUACAUCCAGACAACCGUUUUAUGUUUACUACUUCAAUCCUGAAGGGAAUACUAUUCGACGCUUUGAGAUCCAAGGUUUUGGUGAAUACCAUGGAGCUUCCAACGAUCCGAGGAGAGUCCACGUCUUUGUAGACGAUUGUAGUAGAUCCUACAGAUUUGCUGACCAUGUAGAGGAUCUUAAUGUUAAAGAUCCAACGCUACUCAAGUCAAGCAUCUACGUUCCUUAUGUGUAUAACGAAGAAUCAGAAGAAGAUGAAGAGUAUGAGGUUAAUAAUGGACGUCGUUUUCGUGGUAAAAAGAAGAGAGGAUGA